GUGGUGAGCAAAAUGGGAAGAACGCCUUGCUGUGACAAGAAAGGUUUGAAGAAAGGUCCAUGGACUCCUGAGGAAGAUGAGAUUCUGGUUGAAUAUAUCAAGAAAAACAGCCAUGGAAGCUGGAGAACACUUCCAAAGAAUGCUGGUUUACUUCGCUGUGGAAAGAGUUGCAGACUGAGAUGGACAAACUAUCUAAGACCGGACAUAAAGCGAGGUCCUUUCACUCCCGAGGAAGAGAAUCUUGUAAUCCAACUUCACGCCAUUCUCGGAAACAGGUGGGCUGCUAUAGCAGCACAGCUUCCAGGGAGAACAGACAACGAGAUCAAGAACUUGUGGAACACUCACUUGAAGAAACGUCUGUUGUAUAUGGGUCUUGAUCCCAAAACCCAUGAGCCAUUGCCUUCAUAUGGGUUAGCAAAACAAGCUCCAGCUUCACCAACAACUCGCCACAUGGCUCAAUGGGAAAGUGCUAGACUUGAAGCUGAAGCGAGGCUUUCUAGAGAGUCGAUGCUUUUCUCUCCUUCUGGUGGUGGUGGAGGAGGAAAAUCCGAAUGUGAUCACUUCUUACGCAUUUGGAACUCUGAGAUUGGUGAAUCUUUCAGAAAUCUUGCUCCAUUUGAUGAGUCCAUAACUAGUCAGAGCCCCUGUUCUCAGACAACAUCUUCCUCGUCUGCACUUCUAAAGAGCUCGACAAAUUUUUGUGGUGGGAAAGACAUUGCUAUGGCGUUUCAGGGUUCCGAUUCUUCUCCAUGUUCGAAUAGUCUUGAAGAUAACGCAUCGGACUCUGCUCUUCAGCUUCUGCUUGAUUUCCCAAUAAGUGAUGAUGACAUGAGCUUCUUGGAAGAGAACAUUGGCAGCUACACAGAGUCUCAUGUUGGUGUUGUGUCUAUGGUUUCUAAAUUCUAG